CGUCGACUUCUUCCUGAAAAUGGCGAAGUGGACACCAGACAUGCAAAUGAAUUGGUGCAGUUCUACGUUAUUGUUAAAAAAACGGACAGUAAGCAGCAUGGCUCAGACAAAAUCCAGAUUGUUGGGGAACAAUUUUAUUUUAUUCUUGAUGAUAUCGUCCAUGAUGCACAUGGCAUUGGCUGACGGAAAGACACUCGUUUUGUUGGACAACCUCAACAUCAGAGACACCCAUUCAAUCUUCUUCCGCAGUCUGGCAGAUCGUGGCUUUGACCUUUCAUUCAAGACUGCAGAUGAUCCUUCUCUUUCCCUGAUCAAAUAUGGCCAAUUUCUCUAUGACCACCUCAUCAUCUUCUCCCCAUCUGUGGAAGACUUUGGUGGCAACAUUAAUGUUGAGACAAUCACUUCCUUCAUCGAUGGUGGAGGCAAUGUCCUGGUUGCUGCAAGCUCUGAUAUUGGUGACCCUCUGAGAGAGAUAGGCAGUGAAUGUGGGAUUGAGUUUGAUGAGGAGAAGACUGCUGUCAUUGAUCAUCACCAUUACGAUGUGUCAGACCCCGGUGAGCAUACCCUGAUUGUUGCUGAUCCAGAAAAUCUUCUGAAGGCUCCCACUAUUGUCGGGAACCCCAGUGACAAACCCAUCCUCUUCAAGGGUGUUGGCAUGGUGGCAGACCCAGAUAACCCCCUGGUCCUGGACAUUCUGACUGGCUCCUCCACCUCCUACUCCUACUUCCCUGACCGACCCAUCUCUCAGUACCCCCAUGCUGUUGGAAAGAACACUCUUCUGAUCGCUGGGCUCCAGGCCAGGAACAACGCCCGAGUGGUAUUCAGUGGCUCACUGCACUUUUUCAGCGAUGCCUUCUUCAACGCCGCUGUUCAGAAGGCCACACCUGGCUCCCAGAGGUACGCUCAGACAGGGAACAUGGAAUUGGCCGAGGCUCUGUCCCGUUGGGUGUUCAAGGAAGCUGGUGUACUCCGGGUGGGAGCCGUUACACAUCAUCCUGUGGGGGAGAGCGCCCCUCCUGCAGCCUACACCAUCACAGACCUUGUGGAGUACAGUGUUGUUAUUGAGAUGCUGUCUAAGGGCAGCUGGGUUCCCUUUGAUGGGGAAGACAUCCAGUUGGAGUUUGUGAGAAUCGACCCCUUCGUCAGGACGUACCUCAAGAAAAAUGGAGAUAAAUACAGCGUCCAGUUCAAGUUGCCUGACGUGUAUGGAGUGUUCCAGUUCAAGGUGGACUACAACAGGCUAGGCUACACACACCUGUACUCCUCUACUCAGGUGUCGGUGCGUCCUCUGCAGCACACCCAGUAUGAGCGCUUCAUCCCCUCAGCGUUCCCUUACUACGCCAGCGUCUUCUCCAUGAUGGGAGGACUCUUUGUCUUCAGCAUAGUCUUCCUUCACAUGAAAGAAAAGGAAAAGUCAGACUAGGGAGAUAAAACGUUUAGAGAAAAGCUUAUUAAAUUAGGAGGGAGAGGUGGUAGAUUAAGAAUUUGCCUUAUUGGUGUGAAUCGUGAAGGUUCUUGGUUGCUUAAAUCGUCUGGCAGAGCCUGCAAGAACAGUUGGUGAGAAUUUAAUAUGUUCCUUCUCUAUUGGUUCUGGGGGCAUUAAAUGAGGGCUUUGCAGGCAAACUAACUCAGCUGUGGCUGAGAUUUUUUGUACUUCUAAAAAAAAUCAGUCAGGAAUUGGAUAUGGUUGCUUCGAGAUUUCAAUAUCAGAUGGAGCACUUGUUUGGAAAACUCCCAUGAAUUUAUGUUUUUUCCCACCCACUUGUAUGAGGAUAAAAACAUCUUGAUGUGGUACAUGCACUGAAUAUUUUUGUUUUGUCUGAUCAAAUAGUGUUUCUAUUGGUAAGACUAACAUAUUUGCUAAGAGUUACACAACUCCUUGAAAACUACCAAUAAAAUGUUGACAUUC